AUGUCCGGAAAGCUCGAUCAGUCUCUGGACACCAUCAUGGCCGAAGGCGGCAACAAAGGCGGCAGGCGCGGAAGGCGCGUUCCAGCUCGUCGCGCAGCUGGCGCCAAGCCCGCCGUCGCAGCACCAACCGGCGGCGUUCAGAAGACCACCAGAGCGCCAAGGACCACAGCAAGCGCUCCUACCGCCCCAGCUUCCGGCGAUAGCAAGAUCAUAGUCAGCAAUCUUCCUCAGGAUAUCACCGAGCUUCUGCUCAAGGACUUUUUCGCCAAGGCAGUCGGGAGCGUCAAAAAGGUGCUGCUUUCGUACGGGCCGAAUGGGCGCAGCCGCGGUGAGGCCACGGUCAUUUUCAGCAAGCCGAAUGCUGCAGCCGAAGCCAUGAAGCAGUUCAACAACGUCAAGGUCGACAACCGCCCCAUGAAGAUCGAGAUUGUCGGCAGCUCGAUCGCGGCACCAGCUAAGCAGACCAUGGCCGAUCGUAUGGCCAAGCCAAAGAACGCCUCGAAGGAAAGUGCCAAGGCGGCCGCUGCCCCUAAGAAGGAUGCUGCGAAGCCGGCCGCCGACGCUGCUGCGAAGGCGGGUCGUGGUGGCAAGAAGAGAAGCGGACGUGCCGGCCGUCCGAAGGCGAAGACGGCGGACGAGCUCGAUGCUGAGAUGGCGGACUACUUCGGUGGUGGAGAGGGUGCUCCAAACGGUGCAGCUGCCACCAACGGCGCCGUGCAGCCUGCUGCCACGAACGGUAACGACGCCGCCAUGGAUGAGGUGUUGUAA